GCGGUGGGUACCUGGGCAGCCGGACAGCUGGACAGGUGCCAGUCAGGGUUCAGAGGACGAAGACUGCGCUCACCUUCACACCAAUGGACGUCUGAAUGACCUGCACUGCAGCACCCAGUUACGUUACAUCUGUCAGAGGCGCAGCGUGCACACCUGAGCACACCUGAGCACACCUGCCACAGGCUCCGCCUCCACAUCACUGCGCUGAGGUCAGCAGCUGAAGCACAGACUGAAUCAUAGAGGAUUUGUUAGAAACUGUUUCCUUCCUGUUUGAUGGUGCAUUAAAGUGACGCGUGGAAAUCUGA